UUAGGGGCGGAGAGGAGAGGAUGUCAUGUUCAGGAAACGAAACUAAACAUUCAUAGAAACCAAAGCACACCGUCGUUUGAGCAGUUCCCUCUUUCAGGAGGAAAAUAAAACUUGUCUGACGGACAGAAAACACAACAAGGAAUGGCCUCUGCUAACACUUCCUGGUCUGAGGAGGACUUUUCAUGUUCCAUCUGUCUGGAUGUGUUCAGCAGCCCGGUUACCACACCAUGUGGACACAACUUCUGCAGAACCUGUAUUACAAAGUUCUGGGAUGAACAAGUCAAGUACAAAUGUCCUGUUUGCAACCAGAUUUUCGACACAAAACCUGAUCCACAGGUCAACACCCUCUUAUCAGAGCUGGCUGCUCAGUUUAGAACAACCGUACGAGUUAAAGAGCAGCCUUGUGUUGAACCAGCAGAAGUUCCUUGUGAUGUCUGUACUGGGACCCAGCUGAAAGCCAUGAAGUCCUGCCUAGAAUGUCUUAUCUCUUACUGCCAGACCCAUCUGGAGCCACAUCAGAGAGUCACAGUCCUGAAGAAACAUCGGCUGGUCGAGCCAAUGGACCGUCUGGAAGACAGGAUGUGUAAGAAACACGACCGACUUCUGGAGCUCUUCUGCCUGACUGAACAGGUGUGUGUGUGUCUGUUGUGCACAGUGACAGACCACAAGUCCCAUCCUGUUGUACCUCUGAAGGAGGAAUAUGAAGUGAAGAUGGCCCAGCUGGGGAAGAUAGAGGCUGAAGUUCCACAGAUGAUCCAGGAGAGGAAACAAAAGAUUAAGGAGGUCAAAGACAGAGUAGAACUGAGUAACAAAGAUGCAGACAGAGAGAUAGCCAUUGGUGGGCAGGUCUUCACUGCUCUGAUAGGCUGUGUUGAAAAGUGCCGGGAUGAAUUCAACCAAACGGUUCAAGAGAAACUGAAAUCCACAGAGAAACAAGCUGAAGACCUCAUCAAAGAGCUGGAGCAGGAAAUAGAAGAUCUGACCAAUAGAUGCUCAGAGGUGACGCAGCUCUCACACACUAAAGACCUCCUCCACUUCCUCCAGACCUUCAGAUCCCUGAAGGAUCCUCCACCCACCAGGGACUGGACCACGGUGGAGGUCCGUCCUCCGUCAUACGUAGGGACCUUGAGGAGAUCCCUGGAUCAGCUGGAGGAGACACUGAACAUGGAGAUGAAGAAGCGUGAUGAUGAUGCUGAACUGAAGAGGGUCCAGCAGUAUGAAGUAGAUGUGACUCUGGAUCCUGAUACAGCUAAUGGCUGGCUCAUCCUGUCUGAGGAUGGCAAACAGGUACAUGAUGGAGGUGUAGGGAAGAGACUCCCAGACAACCCUAAGAGAUUUACAAAUUAUAAAUGUGUUCUCACGAGGCAGAGCUUCUCCUCAGGGAGAUUUUACUUUGAGGUACAGGUUAAAGACAAGACUAUUUGGUUGUUAGGAGUGGUCAGAGAGUCCAUCGACAGAAAAAGAGGGACCACGUGGACCCCUGAGACGGGUUACUGGACUCUUUACUACUACAAGGAUGGGUUGGUGUUUAGAGAUAACCCUGAUGUCCGUCUCCCUCUGAGAGCUGGGCUCCAGAAGGUGGGGGUGUUUGUUGAUUAUGAUGAGGGUGUGGUCUCCUUCUAUGAUGUGGAAGCCAGGGUCCAUCUCUACUCUGCUACUGGCUGCACCUUCAGUGAGCCUCUCUAUCCAAUCCUGUACCCAGGUCCCCGUGAUUAUGGAGGUAACAACUCUGCCCCCCUGAUCAUCUCACCUGUCAAUCAAACAGACUAGGGCCUUUGUUUGAUAAUAAAACAAAGAAACAACCAAAACAACUAAUGUUGUUUAGUGAAUUAGAAUCUCUACUAUGUGAGAUCUGAGAGAUCUGCUUUAAUGUCGUACUGCUGACAUUUAACGAGAUGUUCUUUAAGAACAUAAUCACAGUUGUUGAAUUCAACACCGUAUAAAUAAAUAUAUAUUUUCUGUUUUCUCCGAUUAUUUUUACACAUUUAAAGCUAUAGAAUUGUUAAAAGGUGCAGUUAUAUAGAACAUAUGAGGACUAAUAAUUGUACUUUUUUUUAACAUUGCUAUCUGUUUUAACUUCUGAAUAGUGAAUGACAAAAAAAACAUGUCCUUACACGUUGUGGACAACUCUUCUCCUCCUCCUCUCUCUUAUCUCUGCUCUAGUCUGUAACUCAGAUUGUGUUCAUUAUUGUCGUACAUUACAUUACUUAUGGUCUAAAUAAGUCUCCAAGUGUGUCGUUAGUCGCCUUUCAGAAAUAAAGGCACUCAUAGGAUCAAAGAUACGUGCACAACUGUAAACGAUCUGUAAUAUUUGGUACUAUUCUUUAGUCAUUCUGUUUAUGAUGUACUUGUAAGUGACUAUUGUUCAGUUAUAUUUGUUGUUAAAGCAUAAUGGUAAUAAACAACUCAGUCCAACCCA